GGCCGCGGGCGGGGCGGAGCGGAGCGGAGCCGGCGGGUGCGGGGGGGACGGGCGCCUGUUGCCCCGAGAGAGUUAACGGAGCGGGGGAACGCGCCUCUCCUCCGCCCGUGCCGGGCGCCUGGCAACCGGGGCGCCGCGCAUGUAGGGCCGCCGGGGGCUGCCACCGCCCACUCCCACCGGGCCCCCGCGUCCCCUUCCCCGCCCCGGACAAGGCGUUUAAUGUGCCCAGGCGUGAAGUAUGGCAUGCAAAGAUGGUUUCUGCCAAGGAGCCAGCCAUCGCCAUGUCCUCGGGUCUCUCCAUCGCCCUCCUGCACUACCUGUGCCUGGCGACGUGUCUCACCGGGCCGCCAGGGCAGAUCAAAAAAGAGGAGAAAUUGUGGCCGGAAAAUUUCACCAGCAUCCUGAACAGCCUCCUGGAUGGCUAUGACAACCGGCUGCGACCGGGAUUCGGGGGUCCUGUUACUGAAGUCAAAACAGAUAUAUAUGUCACCAGUUUUGGACCUGUUUCUGAUGUAGAAAUGGAAUAUACAAUGGAUGUCUUCUUCCGUCAGACAUGGGUAGACAAAAGAUUAAAAUAUGAUGGCCCUAUUGAAAUUUUAAGACUUAACAACUUGAUGGUUUCGAAGGUGUGGACUCCUGACACUUUCUUCAGGAAUGGGAAAAAGUCUGUUGCACAUAAUAUGACAGCCCCAAAUAAACUCUUCAGAAUAAUGAGAAAUGGCACCAUCCUAUACACAAUGAGGCUUACAAUAAGUGCAGAGUGUCCCAUGAGAUUAGUGGAUUUUCCCAUGGAUGGUCAUGCUUGUCCUCUCAAAUUUGGGAGUUAUGCUUAUCCAAAGAGUGAAAUGAUUUAUACCUGGACAAAAGGACCUGAGAAGUCAGUGGAAGUUCCUGAGGAGUCUUCCAGUUUAGUUCAGUAUGACCUUCUUGGGCAUACGGUAUCCACUGAAACCAUUAAAUCUAUUACAGGUGAAUAUGUUGUUAUGACAGUUUACUUCCACCUCAGACGAAAAAUGGGUUAUUUUAUGAUUCAGACCUAUAUCCCAUGUAUUAUGACCGUGAUCCUUUCUCAAGUUUCAUUUUGGAUAAAUAAGGAAUCUGUUCCAGCUAGAACUGUGUUUGGAAUAACUACAGUGUUGACAAUGACGACACUGAGCAUCAGUGCAAGACAUUCACUACCAAAAGUAUCCUAUGCUACUGCCAUGGACUGGUUCAUAGCAGUCUGCUUUGCCUUUGUGUUCUCUGCUCUUAUUGAGUUUGCUGCUGUCAACUAUUUUACUAAUAUUCAAAUGGAAAAAGCCAAAAGGAAGACAGUAAAAUCCCUUCUUGAAUUUCCAGUUGCUCCACUACAAAGAAAAAGAAGUACAGAAGAGACACUCACGAGUACAGAUGCCAACUCAAAUGUGAGGAAAAGAACAAAUGCCACAGUACAGUCUGAAGCUGAUGGUAGGAGCCGAAUUGACACAAGGCAUAGCUCCAUCCAGCCUCCCUCUGUAGCUCAGGGGUCUUCUGACAUUACACCCCAUUCCCUUUCUGCAUCAAGUCCCAACCCUUUCACACGAAUCAAUGCAUCAGAGACAUUAUCUUCUGCAAGAGCUACCCCUCCAGCUCCUCCUUCUACCCCAAUUUUAACUGGAUUUGUAUCCCAGCAUGCCACAGCUGGAUCCCCUUCCAUUCAGCGCUUGCUUGGAUCUAGACUGGAGCAGAUUCAGACCACUACACCUAACACGUUAGGAGGAUCUGCAAAGCCAUCUGCUGUCACACCACCUGCUCCCCCUGCCUCCCAUUCUGGCACGACUAGCAGUGAACCAUCACUCUCUUCAGACUACUCUGGCUACACAGAACUUGCCUUUGGGAGGAACAUGCACCUGAAACAAAGGCAGAGGUGCACAGCUGUGCAGUGGAACACAUCUUGACUGCUAGGAAUACACAUGUUGAUUAUUUCAGAUCCCUGAGGCACCCAGCACUGCUGUCUGGACAGAGCAUUGCAUUCUUGGAGUGCAAGGUCUGUGUCCUGAAUAUUUAGACAGUGCUUGAUAGAAAAAAGACUUUCCCUGCUAGAUUAAAAUUGGCAGAAUGGGGGGAAGAAAAUGAACAGUGGAAAAAGAAAAGAGAGUCCAGCCUGGGAGAGUGCAACUCCGGAAAAGUUAUGCAAAGGAGUUGUAGAGCUCCGUAUAUUUUUACUAAGCAUUAUUUUGCAUUGCAACCUGGGAAAUUCUCACUCCAAAAUAAGAAUGAGUGCACGUUGUAAAGUCUGAAAUCUGAUGUAAUUUUCAAAAUUGGAGGUUUUGGUUUGGUAAGGUAAUCUUAAGUGUUGGUUCUUCUUUGACCUUGUUGACCAGCUUGAGUGGCUUUAUUCCUAAAUUACAUCAGUUGUGGUAGAUGAGGACCAGGCCCACAAUGUUCAACUUUUUAUUUGAAUUUUUUGUUCUGCCUUUGGUUGCUUUGGGGUUUAGGAUCACACCCCCUCCCCAUUUUUCAAUCGCAUUCCUGAUUUCCUUUGAACACAUACUCCUCCUCUCACUCCCCCCCCCCCUCUGCUUUAUAUAUAUUUGUGUCAAGUUAAAUUUUCAACACAGUUGAUAAAAGUGGCUUCAAAAUUGAGCAAAACAAAUUUUCCUGUGCUUUGAUGAGCGUGGCUAUGGCACAUCUUUGAGUGAAUGAGUGACACCUUUUUGUGAAGGAAUGCUGUGACAUAAAUAUGAAAAUAAAGGUUUUAGGUGGAGCCUGAGGAAUAAAAAAGUUUAUGAUCCAUUUGUUUCUCUUAAACUGUGGCAUAGAUAAGUUCUUUUCUUAGUGGCUCAAACUGCAAUAUGCAGGCAGGCAACUUUAUUACAGAAUUGAAUUGUUUAAACCUGAUAGAAAUCUUAAUUAGAAAUGUUCUUUUCAUGAGAAUGGGGGGAAGAUACGCUGGGAAUAAACCUGAAAAUGUUUGUACAGAUCCAUCUGGCUAGGCAAGUGGUUAGUGUUUCUGUGCAGGUGACAUGUAAAAAUCAAAGGCCAAAUUCUCAGCUGUGAUUUGGCUGUGCCUUUAAAGGGUCUGGACUAAUCCUUGGCUUCAAUUGACUGGAAUAGCAGAUUGGUGGCCUGUGGUCAAAGUUUUAUGUUGGAGACAGAUCAGGUAAGUGUUGAGUGAUUUUUGUGCUGAGGUAAUAAUAAAGUGACUGAUAGAGGCCAUAAGAAUCUGGGGCACUUGAGGGCAUGUAUGAGACUGCCCUAGACUAUGUUGGGAGAAGAAUCAGAGUAAAAAGACUCUGUAAUGGUGAAAUUAUACUAUAUUUUUGUGCCUCUUUCUGUCUCUCCAAACCUUUUAGUCAGUUCAUGGCUGAGAAUAUGACAUUUAACUUGCACGACCUGAGACACUGCAAGACGUGUCCUACAGCAUGUAGUAUGGAUCCCAGGCUGCUAUUUCAUGUAUAGCAUUGGGCUGUCAAUGAUAGAAUGAUAGGGAUGUGGGAAUGUUUUACAUGACUUUAUUAUGAUAUAGUGGUAUAAACUGUUACCUUAGCCUGUUCUUUGCUUAAGUGAUGCUCUCAGAAGGCCAGGUAUGGUCCUUUCCUUUUUGUGUUUUACAUCUAGGAGAAGUCUGUGAUUACAACAUUCUUCAGAAAACCAUUACAUGUGCCGUAGCACUGAACUGAAAAUGGAGCACCUGCGCAAGGUGUCUAAUUGCAGUAGUUUGCAUCUUUGGCUGUAUCUGUAGUUGCUAUAGCUGCUUCUUCCCUGAUUUGAUCGCAUUAUUUCAGAUUGUCAGAAUAGAAGACAGUAUACAAGAGAUUGUUUAUUUUGUUGAGCCAGAAGAAACAAAGCUACUUCUCUGGCAGUUACUGAUCAUAACUGCACAAAUGAGAGAAUAUUUCUAGUAUGAAGAAUGAUGUCUUGCUGUGUUUCAAAACUAGUGUUUGCACCAUAAGUAAAUGAAAUUACUCCGUUUUCUUCUAUGAUAAAAACCAAGUGUGCUUUCUCUUAGGAAGAGCUUCAAACAACUCACUAGAAAAAGCUGUCUCAUCCUUCCACCCAUCCCUGUAUAAUGAUUGUACAAUCAGCUUUUUCAGUGUAUUGUUCAGUAGGAUCAACACUGGUUCAGGGUUCAGUGUGCUAUUUGUAUUCAUUUGAGUUCCCAUUUCAUUUUAAAGACUUAUAAAGAAGAAAAGAGGAUUAAAAAAUAAAGAUUUUAAAUAUUUAUAUCCUUCUAUUUUGGAAGAAAUUUUUAAUGAUACCACACUAAGAAAAUCUAUUUUUAACCCAUCAGUUUAUUUCUGAAGUACCUUCCAACAUUUGAAUGCCUAUGUUCAAAAUGAGAUUUUAAGAAAAAAAAAUCUAAUUAUGAGUCUAGGACUAAUUUAUAGUACUGUGCUACAUUUUUUUGUUAACAGUACAUGAAAAAACGAUUGUAACUAGCUUUCCAAAGUACCUAUGGACAAUGUGAACAGGAGGUUAUUGUUAACAGUUGUUCUUUAUUAUAUUUAAUCUCCUUGUAGAGUGAUCAGAAGCAGUAAAAAGCCUGCAGUAAACUGGCAGGUUCUGAAUACUGUGUAAUUCAGAAGCACAAACAAAAUCCGUAUUAAAUGUAGUAGCUCAAAUACUCAACACUGCUAACUAAAAUCCUAAGGGAGAAUGUUGCAGGUGUCAUUUCAGUGACCAAAUGAUUAAUUAGGGAUGGGUCUGUGUGCGAUGAACUCUGCAGGAGCUAUUUUUAUUAUUUGCUAUUGCCUACAUCAGGCAAUCUUUUUUGACAGUACCAUAGUGAUUUAAAAUUAACCAAACUCUUCAGGUAAGUCAUCUCAAUCAACAUUAAAGGAAACUGGAUAGAAAGCCAAAAAACCUUACCAGGAAACAGAGAUAGAUCUUCACUGACUGCUGUUUCCUCGGAGACAUUGUUAC